CUUGCCCCUCCCUUUGGGACGCGGGUGCCGGUGGCGCCAUCUUACCCGGUCGCGGGAGGGGUCACAGGUCAGUGCCAGAUCCUCCGGCCUGCGAAGGAGCACCGAGUCGGUGAUCGGAUCAAGGGACCAACGCAGGGCCUUCUUGUCCCGGAGGGUGGUUUUUCCGAGGGGCCGCCCAGUAUUUCCCAAAAGGACAAUGGAUUCUGGAACUCGCCCCAUUGGUAGCUGCUGUAGCAACCCUGCAGGACUCUCUCGGGAGUACAAAUUAGUGAUGCUAGGUGCUGGUGGCGUGGGGAAGAGUGCCAUGACCAUGCAGUUCAUCAGCCACAGGUUCCCAGAAGAUCAUGACCCCACCAUUGAAGAUGCUUAUAAAAUCCGGAUCCGGAUUGAUGAUGAACCUGCCAAUCUGGACAUUUUGGAUACAGCUGGACAGGCAGAGUUUACAGCCAUGCGGGAUCAGUAUAUGAGGGCAGGAGAAGGGUUUAUCAUUUGUUAUUCUAUCACCGAUCGCCGAAGUUUCCAUGAAGUUCGGGAGUUCAAACAACUCAUCUAUCGAGUUCGACGUACUGAUGACACACCUGUGGUUCUUGUGGGAAACAAGUCUGACCUAAAACAACUAAGACAGGUCACCAAGGAAGAAGGAAUGGCUCUGGCUCGGGAAUUCAACUGUCCUUUUUUUGAGACUUCUGCUGCAUACCGCUAUUACAUUGAUGAUGUUUUCCAUGCACUUGUACGGGAGAUACGAAAGAAAGAAAAGGAGGCAGUGCUGGCAAUGGAGAAAAAAUCAAAACCCAAAAGCAGCAUGUGGAAGAGGCUAAAAUCCCCAUUCCGGAAGAAGAAAGAUUCAAUAACUUGAAGGGAAGAUGUGAAGUGUUUUAUCUGUGAACUGCAGUGCUUGAUCGAAGCAGUCCAGUAAUCGGCAGUAGUAAGCGUGGUGCUUGCUCUUUCUCCUGUUAUGACCGUUAUUUUAAAAGUAACUGAUGAGGGGUGCCUACUAGGAGUUUUCAAUGAUGUGGUAUUUAAAGUAUUGUCUAUUAGUUGAUUCUGAUUUAUUAACCCAGUGACACACUGUCUGCUUUUAUAUUGUCACAUUAGAAUUUGAUCUACCAUUGUUUUGGGUUAUUUUGCUGAUGUUAAUUAAUUAAUGUAAAUUGUUUAUACCCCAGGAGAAUAUGUAUACCACGUGUGUUUGACUAAUUUCACAAGAGGAAUUUUGUUCUGUACACUCCCCAUCAUCCUUUAACUUCAGUUUCUUGGGACUGUCCCAGAGAUGGACCUCAGUCUCGUCUAUUCUUACUGUGCUUCCUUGUCACAGAACAAAAAUCAUACAGGGAAAUCAGUACUAAAGAGAUAAUACUAAAGUUCAUCAGCUAUGGAGCUGACACCUGUUGCAGAUUCUGGAGUAAUGAGAUUUGGGUAAAUCAGGUCAGGUGCUUGCAGGAAGUUGGCUAGAAAAAGGUAGAGGUUCUGACCAGUACAAGCCUGGCUUUUCUGAGAGGUGCACUUUUGGUCCAGACACUGGGAUGAGUAAGAAUAGACAGGAGCAUAUAAAAUGUAAUGAAAAUUUCUACUAUGAGGUUCUUAUGUUCUUUUCAGGAUUUUGCCUUUCUUUACCUUUAAAGGUAAACACUGGAUUGCUAAACUCAUAUUUGUCCUUAGUUGGGACAGCCAUUGCCUUAUACAAAUUUAUUUUUUUCUCCAUCAAUGCACAUGCUAACACAUUGUUUCCUAGUACUUUCCCUUAUCUUCCCUGUACUCUUUGGAAGAGGAAGACCUAGCAAAAUGAUUUUUAGGCUCUUUAUUAGACUGACUGCAUUUUCAAGAGUUGGAGUAAAAUUGUGUGUACUUCCUUGACAUUAUCAGUCACUAGACUCUGCUCAAAGAAAGUCUGUGGUAUUUCUGUUUAAUGAGUCCGUCAUAAAGCUUUAAUAUUCGUACAUUGGGUUUGUAAUCCUAAGAUUUCCUUAAGAGGAUCUUACUAAGUUCACCUCAGGGUUGUCUGAGCCUUGACAGUUUAGCCUAACCACUUUUCUCCAUAUAUGUAAUUGAGAAACUAUAGUACUACAAAAAAACUGCUUUAAAUAUUGCUGGUAAGUUCUCUUUUUAGGAUCAGAAUCAUUUUGCUUUCCAAACAUACAUGUGGAGAGUAAAUGCAAAAGUGCUAAGAGUAAUGCAUCAAGUAUUGAAUAUUCAGGGUCACUGAAGCACCAUUUGUAUCACUCUCAGAAGAUGUAGCACCUCUUUGAAAGCUCAACCUACUGUUUUCUGCUGUUGUUAGAGGCAGGAGGACAGGGUUAUUAUGUUUUUCUUUAGAAACUAAACUGUAUGUGGUCUAGACUUAAAGAAAAGUUCCAACUUUUUUUUUAGCUCUGACUAUUGGUCCCUUUUGAAAUUUCUGGAAACAUUUUUGCUACCAAAUAAAUCAUGCUUUAUGGUACUUAAGCCAUCUAAAAAUGAAAGACCCAAAAUUUGAGUCUAUGCAGGACAAAACUCUCACAAGGAACAUAGCACUUUGGAGAAGCAUGAAAGUAAAAUACAGUGCAAUUACAAUAUUUUACCACAUUUAUACUAGUUUAGAACCUUUUGGAGCUGGGGAUAUAGCUCAGUUGGUAGAGUGCUUGCCUCACAAGCACAAGGCCCUGGGUUCAAAUCCCCAGCACCGAGUGCAGGCCAUAUAGCACAUCUCGUAGAGUACCAGCCUCUCAUGUUGGAGGCCUGGGUUCGAGUCCCCAGCACUCUGGGGUUCUGGAAAUAACAAAUCCCCAGCACCGCAAAAAAAAGGCAACUCUAGAACCUUUUAAGUUUAAUGCCUUAAUUUCUCAUUACUAAUCAAC